CGCUCAAAUCACUUCAUACUUGGUGUUCUUAGAGUGAAGACAUCCGAAUUCGGAAGGAAAACACAUAAACAAUUCCGCAAAUACAAAGUCAAUUUCUUCUUUGCGCGCAGCCACAGUGUUUGUACUCAAGUGAAUAAAAAAUUAUGUGAGAAAUAAACAAUCAAAUUAGUGGCACAAACACUUGAAAACAUUAUCGAAAUUCAAUUAAACAAACAAAACCCAAUCGAACUGUGAUUUUGAAUAAUUUUGCAUGGUACGCGCAGAACGUCGGUGUUUUUAAGUGCAUACAUGAAACUAUUUUUUUUAUUAAAAAAAAAGAAAAUAAUAAUAAAUUAAAAUAAAGUAAAAGACAAGCAAGGCCAUGUUGUUCUUGGUUUAUAUGUUAAAAAACCGAAAAUUUUCAGAAUUGUCCUGCUGCAUUUGCAUUGGACUCGGCAUUUUAAUAUCGCUUUUGGGGCAAGUGGAUGGUCACUUAUUGAAGCGCGGUGCCUCAUUGAUGAAUGAAGAUGCCACCGUACGCACUGAAAUUGUGGAUCGCAACAAUCGCACGAUCCUGGCCAGGUUCAACUUGACCGUGGCGCAAAUGAACAGCAUCAUGCAGAGCCAAAAUCCGAAUAACGAAGAUCGCGCCGAUCAAGACGACACGCAGCGCUUUCACGUAAUCAAAGAGUUUCGCAUAAAUGACAUAAAGAACCGCCUACAAUCAGCCUUCCAAGCAAGUAAUUCCGAUGAGAAUCAAGGCCAUCCCCUGCACGAAAUGGCAGCAUAUCCCAUAUGUAAUUCAGAGUCAACCGAAAGCUCUUGGCUGCAUGACAACAAUGUCACAAUUCGCUUUUCGGAUAGUCUCUUCGAGCCGAAACGUGAAAAUUUAAAUCUGGAUAGCGCCAUUCUUCGUCUAUAUAAAGUGAAUCCAAAUGGUACAGACGAGCCCAAUGAGCCAACUGACGACGGCGAUAAAAGCGUCAAAAGCUGUGGAGACCCCUUGACACUAACACCACAAAUACGAGUCACCGUUUCUAUCGUACAGCAACUGCGUCGAAACAAACGAGAACGUAAGAAGCAUAUUUGCAAUACAACAAUGAUGAACAUUUCGAAAACUGGCUGGGUUGAAAUUGAUAUUAAGCGUGCCAUCUACAUUUGGGAAAGCGUUGAACGUCAGCAGCAGCAAUCCCGACAGCAACCGAUUCAAAUUGGGUGGUUAAUGAUCGAAGUGCAUGACGAGGAGGAGAAUCCUCUCAAGCCGGGCCUCUUUUUUAAUCCACCUAAAUGUGAUCAGGCAGAAUUUGCAAUCCCGUGGAAUUACUACGGACCGCACACGUCUUUGUCUCCUUUUGCAGCGCACGAAGUGCCAAGAUAUCCAAGAUUAGAUGUUAAACUGGUAGGCUAUGCUUCAUUCGCGCCAAAAAAUAUCAGAAAGGAAGUCCAUGACAAGCUACGUGGAAACUUGCGACGACAAUUAUUUAAUCACUCUAAGUCAUCUGCCGAAGAUAUACUCACAAGUGAUCCGCCUACUCUAACUACAGUUGCAACCCCGACGAUUGAAAAUUUACUUGAACUAUCAGCCACAAUUCAAACGGAACCGCAACACAGCGCCAAGAAACGCCAAUCCGAACACAAUAUUGAACAUCAGUACUUCCGUCGUACUCACCACAGUCAUAACCAUCGCAAUCAUAAACGUAACCUACAUGAAAACAUCAACGAGCAAGGAAAGCAUUCAACCAAUGCCAAGCAAAUGAUUUAUCGUGAAUCCGUGCAGCCACACAAUGUCCGCCAACGUCUACGACUUCCAAAUCGUCACAAUAGUCACCGCCGAAACCAUCAACCGCAUCAACAACAUCCCACAAGUCCCUCCACCUACUCGUCUACUCACUGAUUUAACCAGCGAACAUUUUUAGCGAUUAACUCAAUUUCUCGAAGCGGUCGAAACGUAGCACAAAAACCCAUAGCAACCCACAGCAACACGCAGAACCUUUUGAGGUAGAGUCCCUGCCUCAACUGUCCAACAGGCCGGUCAACUUAAUUAGCUCUUAAUAUUUGCACACAUACACACACACAUAUGUAUGUGCACUUAUGUAUAAGUAAGAAUAUUGCAUUGACAACUCGGAAGUUGACAGCUUCCUUUGACGCACGUAGAUAUAAGUACACACACACAUACAUGCAUACACACGUACAUAACUAACCGCAUUCAUAAUCACUUACGCAUACCGCCAGCAACCCUUUCUCCAAUACACAUAAACACCCACACACACCCAAACAUACAUACAUUUAUGCAUACUUAGAGAUAUGAAGUAUGGCUUGUUUUACAUGUUAAUAUAACUUUUUAUAUUAGAGACUGUGAUUUAUGUACAUUUGCUUUUUAUUUUUUUACGCUAUUUAAAGCCAUAAGUUGUUUCAUUUUAACUUUCUAUGUUAUGAUACCUUGAAAUAUGAUUUUAUUGCGGAUAAGCCUAAGUCUUACUAGUUAAAAACGAUAUUAUUAAGGUCUUGUAGACUUACAUACACAUUUAAGCAUACAUACACACAUACUAUAUAAAAAGGUAUUUGCAAUUAAAACAAAAAAAAUUCCGUGUCGGAUUUUCAUCACGCAUUUGCUUGACGCAAAGUGAUGAUAUCGAAACUCAGCUAAACGGGUUAAGAAAAUUUUUAAACGGUCACUUUUAAAUACACAAACGAACAAAAAAAUUGUACGUCUUCAUCAAAUAUUAAAUUAAUUAUAAUUGCAGCUAGUAUUAAUUAAUUAUAUGAAAUAUAGAAGAUAACUAAGUGGAAAAAUUUUCAUGUAAUUUAAACGAAUGACUUAACUGGCUUCAUAUGACAACCGGGUAUAAAAUGAGAGAAAACUAUUACGAAUAAAAAAAUUUAA